ACAACAAUUUUAAGAUGGCGGAUAAAGCUGGAAACUCAACUCACAAAGCAGAAUUCGCUGAUUUUCCUCCUGUAAACCUCCUAAAUACACUUAUUUCAUCAUUUCCAAGUGAAUGGCAUGGAAUAUUUGCAGCUUUGAAUUCAGAAUUCUAACCAGUUCAAGCAGCACGAUUUUGGCUCCAGAAAAAGUUGUCAAGUAAUAGGUUAUCUGACAUUCCUCCGAAUUGGACCGAUUUCAUUAAUCACCUUGCGGGCUAUUUUCCUGUGGUGUUGAAUGAUAAACUCUUUUUCAAACUCAAAUUUCUACUUCUUCCAUUGAACAUGCAAAGGAAUAUUCUGGCGUUUAUUUUACAUGAAAGUAGUGUGUUACCUUCGGAAUCUUUGGAGAAGUUGGUUGACUCUCUAAAAGAAAUAAAAGAGUUGAAAGGUUGGCGUGUUACGUAUGUUAAUAUUCUCCAGUCAAAAGUGAAUGAUUUGAAGAGAGUCCAAAGGGAAAAAGCCGGCUGCUCUGACCAAGGUGAUGGAGAAGGCUUCGACGAUUUCUAUUUUAAUUGCAUUACGGAAGAAUCAAAAUCUAGGAUUGAUGAACUUGUCAAGAAUAAACAAAUGGCUGAAUCUUCGCGAAGCAUUCCUUGGUUGAACCAAAAGCAAGUUAACGAGAUAAAGAAAGAAAAAAAGAGUAUGUCAGAAAACCAUCCUGCUUUACACAGAGACUGUCAAGUUAUUGAUCAAGAUGAUGUAGACAUGGUUGAUGUGACAAACAUUUGUGCAGAUGAUGUUGAUUCAAAAACUGAUACAAAACUACUUGAGACUUAUUUACAAGCUCCUAGUGAUUUCUAUGACAGUGAUAUUGAAAUAAUUAAUGUUAAUGAAAGUUCUGAACACCACACAGAUAGAAUAGCUAAAGAUCCAGACUUCAAGGUGCCUCCACCCCCGGAACACUUGAACAUGGAGGCAGAGGAUAUUCCAGAACACUUGAUCCCUGAUAACAAGGCUACAGCUGAUUCUAAACUCUCUGAUGCUCUUCAGCCAAAAAUCUCUGCUUUAAAAAACUUCCUUACCAACCUGGAGGCGAAAGAAGAGAAUUACUAUUCUUGCAACGAGCUUGAUGUGUUUUCAAUGUGCAGCUGUCAUGAAGUAGAAUAUAUCUGCACCCAUUUGCACCUUAAAGGCUUGCAAGAAUCCACUGCUAUUUCUCUGUGUACAAAAUUUGUUAACUUGAAAGUAGACCCAAGCUUUGGUAAUGCAUGUGUUUUUGCCUCUCAAUGUCUUCUUCCCAAAAUACAAGAAUUAGAGCAUGCUGCCUCAAGAGCUCUUUUUAUGGCUGUGACCCUGUUUUCAAAAAAACAUUCAAGAGCAUUUUGUGAUGGUGUUGCUGUAAAACUUAUUCAAGAGUCAAAUUUAAACACUCCACAAGUUGAUAUUAUCAAUAAAAUAGUCAAGGAAUGUUUCACUGAAGAUACAAAAAUUCAUUUGUUGGAACUUACAUUUGCAAUCAGGACGGAUCAUCAGGGUCAUCUUUUCACAUGGUCAGAGAAUACUGUCUCUGUUGUACAGACAAUGGUUGACUCAAAACCAGAAUUCAGUGGCAAUUUGUUCAGUAUCUUUGCUAGAGUGUUAGAACUACAAUCUCCUCACCUUUCAAAGUCUCUAAAGUUUGCCAAAAUGUUGUUAGCAGUAAUGAAGACUUAUGGACAACUUGUCUCUGCACAUUACAGCACAUUUCUGUAUAUACUGGAAGUGAAUGAGACUUUUUUAAAGAAAGCAGGGUUAGCUGCACUCCAGAAAGCAGCAAAGCAAUAAACUGUAGUGAGGUUUAUGGCAUUUGAAACUUAUGAAACUUUUGAUAAACUGUAAUUUAUGUAUUUAAAAUAAAAAUGCUGAGAUGAACAAUUAAAAAAUAUGACAAAUAA